AUGGUGCAGAAAUCCCGCAACGGCGGGGUUUACCCGGGCCCGCAGACCGAGAAGAAGCUCAAGGUGGGCUUUGUGGGGCUCGAGGCGGCCGCGGCGGAUUCGAGUCGUGAUGGCGCGCUGCUCAUCGCGGCCACUGACGCGACCAAGCGCGGUAGCAUCCUGAGCAAGCAGCGCUCCGGCAUCGCGGGCAAGAAGCCGCCCAAGCGCAACGCUUUCUACCGGCGCCUGCAGAAUUUCCUCUAUAAUGUUCUGGAGAGACCACGAGGCUGGGCGUUCAUCUAUCACGCUUAUGUUUUCUUGCUGGUGUUCUCUUGUUUGGUCCUCUCUGUGUUCUCAACCAUCAAGGAGUAUGAACAGAGCUCUGAGGAUGCCUUGUACAUACUGGAAAUUGUGACGAUUGUGGUGUUUGGAGUUGAAUACAUUGUAAGAAUUUGGUCAGCGGGAUGCUGCUGUCGAUACCGAGGAUGGAGAGGCAGGCUAAAAUUUGCUCGAAAACCUUUUUGUGUCAUAGACAUCAUGGUGCUAAUAGCCUCCAUCUCAGUGCUGGCAGCUGGCACACAGGGCAAUGUGUUUGCCACCUCAGCCAUCAGAAGUCUUCGCUUCCUCCAGAUCCUCCGCAUGAUUCGGAUGGACCGCCGUGGAGGAACCUGGAAACUGCUGGGGUCUGUUGUCUAUGCUCACAGCAAGGAGUUGAUCACAGCUUGGUACAUUGGCUUCCUGUGUUUGAUCCUGGCCUCUUUCCUUGUGUACCUGGCUGAGAAGGAGGACAACGAGAUGUUUGCAACCUAUGCUGAUGCUCUUUGGUGGGGUCUGAUCACACUGACCACAAUAGGGUAUGGAGAUAAGUAUCCAGUAACGUGGAACGGACGCCUUCUUGCAGCAACAUUCACCCUCAUUGGAGUGUCCUUCUUUGCCUUGCCUGCUGGAAUCUUGGGCUCUGGCUUUGCCUUGAAGGUCCAGGAGCAGCAUCGGCAGAAACAUUUUGAGAAACGACGGAAUCCAGCUGCAGGGCUCAUUCAGGCAGCUUGGAGAGUGUAUGCUACCAAUCUCUCUCGCACAGACCUGCAGUCAACUUGGGACUACUAUGAGAGAACUGUGUCAGUCCCUAUGUACAGACUCAUUCCCCCCCUAAACCAGCUUGAUCUGCUCAGAAAUCUGAAGAGCAAAUCUGGUCUUUCUUUUAGGAAGGAAGCCCAACCAGAGCCAUCUCCAAGUCAGAAGGUCAGUCUGAAAGAGCGAGUGUUCUCCAGCCCAAGAAGCUCUGGAACAAAGGGGAAAAGUUCACCUCAAGGUCAGCAGCCACUGAGACGCUCUCCCAGUGCAGAUAAUAUUGAAGACAGUCCUUCUAAAGUGCCCAAGAGCCUGAGCUUUGGUGACCGUAGCCGUGCUAGACAAGCAUUUCGCUUCAAAGGGGCGGCUUCACGCCAAAACUCAGAAGUGCUGAUUGAGAUGCAGGCGGAAGAUUUGAGGCAGAAGAGCUCUCCAGAAGCCAGCCUUCCUGGAGAAGACAUUGUUGAUGACAAUAAGAGCUGCCAUUGUGAGUUUGUUCCACAAGAUUUAACACCAGGAAUUAAAGUUACCAUCAGGGCAGUGUGCAUUAUGCGGUUUAUGGUGUCAAAGAGAAAGUUUAAGGAGAGUCUCCGGCCUUAUGAUGUGAUGGAUGUUAUUGAGCAGUAUUCAGCUGGACACCUAGACAUGUUGGCCAGGAUUAAAAAUCUGCAGUCCAGGAUAGAUAUGAUAUUGGGUCCUCCGGGUCCCACCACUCCCCGCCAUAAGAAGUAUUCAACCAAGGGAAGCAAAGAGUCGCCCCAGUUCUCACCUAGGGUCGACCAGAUUGUUGGCAGAGGUGCUGCAAUCACAGACAAGGAUCGCCCUAAAAGCUCAGCAGAAGCAGAAAUUGCAGACGACCCAAGCAUGAUGGGAAGGCUUCUGAAAGUAGAGAAACAGGUGAUAUCAAUGGAAAGGAAACUUGAUUUCUUGGUGAAUGUCUACAUCCAACGAAUGGGAAUCCCACAGUCUGAGACAGAUGCCUACUUUGGUUCUAAAGAGCCUGACCCAGCCCCACCAUACCAUAGCCCAAUUGAGCAUAUGGAGAAGUCUGGCUCUAUUACUAAGAUCAUCUGUUCAAACAGUUCAACUGGCCAGAAGAAUCUUGAUGCUCCUCCAUCUGCAUGUACCAACCAGAACAACUGCCCUCCAUCCACCUCUUGGCAACCCCAUGCCCUUCCUGGACCCCCUCAGUGCUGCAGAGGCACCUCCCCAGUAGGUGACACCUCCUUGGUGCGAAUCCCACCCCCUCCAACUCAUGAGCGCUCUUCCAAUGGCCAUAAUGGCUCCAACCGAGGCUCUCGUGGCAGUGCCGUAGAGGAGGUGAAGCCUGGAGCUCUGUCUCAUCAGCAGGCGGGUGCUGACAGUGACACCUCCAUCUCCAUUCCUUCUGUGGAUCAUGAGGAGCUUGAGCGCUCCUUCAGUGGCUUCAGUAUCUCACAGUCUAAAGAGAACCUAGACUUCCUUAACAAUGCAUACUACAGUGGCAUGACACGCUGCUCCAAAUUGAGGCCCUACAUUGCAGAGGGUGAGUCCGAUACAGACUCUGAGCUUUGUGCCCCUUCACCUCAUUCUGCCACUGGGGAAGGAGCAUAUAGUGACAGGGGCUGGUCUGGCCCCAAGUAA